AUGAGCCCUUGUGCUACAGCAUCCACAGACAUGGAGCUAGUUUAUAAAAUAUGUUUAGUUUUUCUCUUUUCUUUCUUUUGCUCUGGAGAAGACUGGAAAUUUGGCCCUGGUCAAGGGCGUAUUUUCAUCGCAGGUCCUCUUUCUGUUGAGAUCUUGAAUACAUUAAAUUUCAAGAGUAGAUGUACGGGAGAACCUACGCUUUAUUCUGUAGAGGCUCAGCUAGAUUGUCUUUGCCAUCAACAGUCAGUCACUUCUUUGUCAUCACACUUUGCCAAGCUCCGGGCAAAUGGUGUGACACAUUUUAAGGUGGCUUUGCCAUGGUCUCGUAUCCUUCCAGAAAUGAAGGCUCAAAAGCCCAACAAGACAAACGUGGAAUGCUACCGACAACUUCUCGGAACUCUCAAAUCUGCUGAUCUUAAGCCAAUUUUGAUUCUGCAACAACAUGGUUUGCCAAAAUCUUUGGGCACCCAGCUUGGAUCUACCACUUUUGCCAAUCUUUUUGCUGAAUAUGCAGACUUUUCAUUUAGGACUUUCGGUGAAUUAGUGGACACAUGGAUCACUUUCAGCCAUUUGCCUGAAAAUAUCAAGGAAUUCCCUCUUGAGGAUGCAGAAGUCUUUCCUCUACAAAUACUAGUUUCAGCACAUCAAAAAGCUUAUAAAAUCUACCAUGAAAAACACUCAUUUAAAGACCAGCCACCAAGCAUAAAUGGGUGUUUUAAAAAUAAACCUACUUCCAAAAUAGAACAUAAAAGGAGCAUUGAAAGGGGGAUCAACCGUGUGGAUCAACAGUCAGCAGCAUCAGAAUCUAUGUGUCACACGCACCAUGCAUGUAAAAAUGGGGCUAGUCGUUCCUCCCAUUUUGUUCCCGCCUCUAUAGAUUUUCUGUCCCUCAACCUACGGUACAUUUGUAAGACCGAAGCAAGCAUUGAAAAGAUGCUCAGUGACAUCAAGGAUCCAGCUAGUCAACCAAAGCAGAAGGAAGACUCUACACGUGCUGCGACUCCACUUUCAAACUAUCAAAAGAUUUGGGAAAAAUUUGCUAACCAAACUGAGCUGGAAAGAGACUCCUUUUUGGCAGAUACGUUUCCUAGUGGUUUUCUCUGGGGUACAUCAACAGCAUCCUUUAAUGUUGAAGGAGGCUGGGCAGAAGACGGGAAAGGUGAGAGUAUCUGGGAUCGAUAUGGACAUCAAGGCCAAAUCCAUAAGAAUCAAACCGCCGAUGUUGCCUGUGAUAGUUACCGCAAGACCGAAUAUGAUGUUUAUCUGCUUAGAGGCCUUCGCUCCAAGAUCUACAAAUUUUCUAUAUCAUGGCCUAGGAUUUUUGCAAAUGGGGACAACAGCAGCCUGAACCCUCGAGGAGUGAGUUACUACAACAAACUCAUUGACAACUUGCUGGAUUCUGGCAUUGAACCCAUGGUGACCUUGUUCCACUGGGACCUUCCUCAAGUGCUGCAGGACUUUGGUGGUUGGCAGAAUGAAAGCAUUAUUGAUGCUUUUGUCAACUACGCAGCUUUCUGUUUUGCCACGUUUGGAGAUCGCGUCAAACUCUGGAUUACCUUCCAUGAACCCUGGGUCAUUAGCUAUGCUGGCUAUGGUACCGGGCAGCAUCCUCCAGGAACCAUCAGUCCAGGCAUAGCAUCCUAUCAGGUGGCUCAUAUCAUCCUCCUGGCACACGCUCGAACUUGGCAUGUUUACAACAUGCAGUAUCGUCCCCAACAGCAAGGGAAGGUUGGCAUAGUAUUGAACUCUGACUGGGCUGAACCCCGAAAUCCUAGAUCUCCCCAGGAUUUGAAAGCAGCUGAGCGCUACUUGCAAUUCAUGUUGGGUUGGUUUGCUCACCCAAUAUUUAUUAAUGGUGAUUAUCCAGAGAUCCUGAAAACCCAGAUCGAGGAGACAAUUCAGUGGUGCUCUGCCGACAUUGCCAAGCUCCCCACGUUCAGCGACGAUGAGAAGAAGAUGGUGCAAGGAACAGCUGACUUCUUUGGCCUUUCUCAUUAUACUUCUAGACUUGUUGGUGCUUUGGAUAAUCAAACCUGCAAUUCAGAUUAUGAGACUAUUGGAGGCUUUUCCCGAGAGGUGGAUCCUUCUUGGCCGACCACAGCGGCACCUUGGUUGUAUGUUGUGCCCUGGGGGUUGAGGAGAUUGCUGCAAUUUGUGUCUGAAGAAUAUACAAACACUAGUAUCCCCAUUUACAUUGCGGCAAACGGUGCACCUAUCAGUGAUGGAGUUGAUACGAUUAACGAUACUGCAAGGCUAGAUUACUAUCGUCUCUAUAUCAAUGAGGCCUUAAAAGCUGUAAAGGAAGAUGGUGUGAAUGUUCAGGCAUAUAUUGCCCGAUCACUCAUUGAUGGCUUCGAAGGCAUGUCAGGUUAUAGUCAAAAAUUUGGCCUCCAUAAUGUGAAUUUUGAAGAUCCCAAUAGACAAAGGACGCCAAGAAAAUCUGCAUAUUUCUUCUCUGCUGUGAUUGAAAAUAAUGGAUUUCCUAAUGCAACCAUAAAACAUAGCCAGCCAUUCAGAAACUAUUUUUCCAGGUCCUCAAAGUUGUCUAAUUUGCCAGCAUCUGAAGUCCCAUCAAAAGCAAAGAUAGUUUGGGAAAAGUUUUCUGGUCAGACUAAUUUUGAAAGAGACAUGUAUUUUUAUGACACUUUCCCAAAAGAUUUUCUGUGGGGUGUUUCCACUUCAGCCUAUCAGAUCGAAGGAGGCUGGAAUUCAGAUGGAAAAGGACCUAGCAUAUGGGAUAACUUUACUCAUACGUCAGGAAAAAUUAACAACAAUGAUACUGGAGAUAUAGCUUGUGACAGCUACAAUAAAGUAGAUGAAGAUCUUUAUUUAUUGAGAGCCUUAAAGGUGAACAGUUACCGCUUCUCCUUCUCAUGGUCUCGAAUUUUUCCAGAUGGCAGAAACCAAUCUAUAAAUAGUCAUGGGGUGGAUUAUUACAACCGAUUGAUCAAUGGUUUACUGGCUGCAAAUAUUACACCAAUGGUCACUUUAUACCAUUGGGAUCUGCCUCAAGCUCUCCAAGAUAUUGGUGGGUGGGAAAACCCUGAUCUGAUUGAAUUGUUUAAUAGUUAUGCCGACUUCUGUUUUCAGACUUUUGGAGAUAGGGUUAAGUUCUGGAUUACUUUCAAUGAACCUGUCAUAAUUUCAUGGUUUGGCUACGACACAGGAGCCCAUCCUCCAAGUGUAGAAAACAAUCCAGGUGAUGCCCUCUAUAAAGUUGGCCAUACAAUACUGAAGGCUCAUGCCAGGGUAUAUCAUACAUAUGACCAGAAGUACAGGAAAAGCCAGAAAGGUGUAAUUUCCAUAAGUCUCAACAUUGACUGGGUUGAACCGAAGACACGGAGAAAUUCCCGCAAUAUAGAAGCAGCGGAUCGGUUCCUCCAGUUCACUGCAGGAUGGUUUGCACAUCCAAUUUUUAAAAACGGUGAUUAUCCAAGUGCCAUGAAAUGGACAGUAGGAAACAGGACUAAUUUACAGAAACGGCCUGUCUCCCGUCUUCCAGUUCUCACUGAAGAAGAGAAACAAUUUAUCCGGGGCACAGCAGAUGUCUUCUGCUUAAACUAUUAUACUGCCAGCUUUAUACAGCACAAAACCACCAAGUUGAACCCAUUUUCUUAUGAAAUGGACCAAGAACGAGCUCUGGAGAGAGAUUUUUCAUGGCCAGCCACAGCCCUGAAAAAUAUGCCAGCCGUGCCCUGGGGGCUCCGGAGGCUCCUUAACUGGAUCAAAGAGGAAUAUGGCAAUCUACCUAUUUACAUCACUGAAAAUGGAAUUGGAAUAAAAGCUAAGUCAGAUGUUGAUGACAUCAAAAGGAUAUUUUAUUAUAAAACCCACAUUGAUGAAGCUUUGAAAGCCUACAAACUGGAUGGAGUAAAUCUUCGAGGGUUUUUUGCUUGGUCACUUAUGGAUAAUUUUGAAUGGCUGCACGGUUACGAGCCAAGAUAUGGCCUACAUCAGGUUGAUUUUGAAAAUCCAAACAGGCCUAGAACCCCUAAGGAGUCUGCUAUAUAUUAUUCAGAAAUCAUACGUAACAACGGAUUCCCGCUGUCAAAAGAGGAUGAGUUCCUUUAUGGAGAAUUUCCCAAGAACUUCUAUUGGAGUGUGGCCACAGCAGCAUAUCAGAUUGAAGGAGCUUGGAGAGAAGAUGGAAAAGGCCUCAGUAUUUGGGACCAGUUUGCUCACACGCCUUUGAAAAUCGACAGCGAUGACAAUGGAGAUGUAGCUUGUGACAGCUACCACAAAAUAGAGGCAGAUGUGGCUGCCCUGAAAGAUAUCAAGGUGACCCAUUAUCGUUUUUCAGUCUCCUGGCCUCGCAUUCUCCCAGAUGGGACCACCAAGCAGAUCAAUGAAGCUGGCCUGAAGUACUAUGAAAGACUUGUAGAUGCACUUCUUGCAGCAAACAUCCAACCUCAGAUAACCUUGUACCACUGGGAUCUCCCUCAGGCCCUCCAGAACAUUGGAGGGUGGGAAAAUGAGGCCAUCAUUCCAAAAUUUAAAGAUUACGCCGACCUCAUUUUUCAAAGAUUGGGAGACAAGGUGAAAUUUUGGAUAACUUUAAAUGAGCCUUACGUCAUUGCCAACCUUGGUUAUGGUUAUGGAGUGUCUGCACCAGGCAUAUCUAUAAGACCGGGUCAUGCCCCUUACGUUGUGGGACACAAUUUGAUUAAGGCACAUGCAGAAGUGUGGCAUCUCUACAAUGAGACCUACCGUCCCAGACAAAAAGGAUUGAUCUCACUUUCCGUCAGUGUUGAGUGGGCCGAACCAAAGAACCCUCACAAACAGGAGGAUUAUGAGGCUGCUGAGAGAUAUGUUCAGUUUUUUGUUGGUUGGUUUGCUCAUCCUAUUUUCAAAACCGGCGAUUAUAGCGAUCUGAUGAAAAAGAGGGUACAAGAAAGAAGUUCUGGCCAAUCACGCCUCCCUGAAUUUACUGAAGAUGAAAAGCAAAGAAUUAAAGGCACAUAUGACUAUUUUGGCUUGAAUCAUUAUACCACAAUCCUGGCAUCCAAUUUAAAUUUUCCUGCUUUUAUAAGCUCCUAUGAUGCGGAUAGAGGUGUUGCUUCCAUAGUAGACCACAGCUGGCUGGGUUCUGGUUCCUUUUGGUUGAAAGUGACUCCAUUUGGCUUCAGAAGGCUCUUAAAAUGGAUCAAAGAAGAAUACAAUAAUCCACCUAUUUAUGUGACUGAGAACGGAGUUUCUGAACGUACAGAUGGAGACUUGAAUGAUACCUGGCGCAUACAUUAUUUAAAGAGCUAUAUCAAUGAAGCAUUAAAGGGAAUUGUACUUGAUGAUGUUGAUCUCCGAGGUUACACAGUUUGGACUUUGAUGGACAAUUUUGAAUGGGCAGUGGGUUUCUCUGAAAAAUUUGGCCUGUAUUACACCAACCACACAGACCCCAAUCUAACUAGAAUCCCAAAAGAGUCUUCAAAAUAUUACUCAUCUAUUAUCCACUGUAACGGCUUUCCAGAUCCAACUAAUGGACCUCAUUUAUGCCUGGAACCACAGCCUGAAGAUCACACACCUAUAAGCCCAACAGGACUGGAAGAUAUCAAGAAAGUGCCAUUUUUGGGACUGGACUUGACUUCAUCUGAGGCUGAAAUAGCUCUUUAUGUUCUAUUUGUCCUAUGCUUGCUGGCUAUACUAGGUUUCGCUGGUUCCCUCUGUGCAUGUAAAAAGGCCAAAAAUAAGCGGAAAAACACAACAUUUUAGCAAUCGGGAAUAUGUUUUGCUUUCUCAUCUGAAGACUUUGAGCCAUGCAUAUUUGAAGCUCUCUCUAUUCAU